AGAAUAUAGGACACAACCGAGAAAGCAUUGUAUUCCUUCAUUAUAGCCCUUCCCUUAUUUCUUCCAAACUCUUUCCCCAAAUCUCGCCUUUGUGCAGCUCUUGGAUUAAUAGUUUGCUCUGUGAUAUUGGACUGAUUUUUUUUUUUUUUUGGCUUUUUCUCCUUUUCAGUAAACAUUUGUUAGACUAAACUUUUUUUUUUUUUAAUUUUAACAAAAGAAACACAGCAAUAUGAGUAACAAAGGUGACUCUUACAAUGAGGAAAUCCAGUAUCCUAUGAAGGAAUAUGAGCUUCUAAAGGAUGUCAGUUCGACACAAAAUGCAGACACAACAGUGGUCAAUAUGGAAUCUUCAACUCCCCCACCAAAGGACCAUCUAGUAUGGUCCAUUUUUAAUAUGAUUUAUAUGAACCUCUGUUGCCUGGGAUGCAUUGCUCUUAUUUUUUCUGUAAAGUCUAGGGACAGCAAAGUCCUUGGAGAUAUGGAGGAAGCCCGUCAUUACUCUCGGGUAUCAAAGAUCCUAAACAUAACAACUGUCUUCCUUUAUAUCCUGUCUGCUGUUAUGAUUGCCGUCUUCUUCAAAAAAAUAUUUUCCCUUCUACUUUUUUUACUUCAGCUGUAAAAUAUCAGCAAUGCCAUCACCAGCAGUUCCAGAUGUACAUCUCUAAAUGGCUGAAAGUGAGAAGCUGAAUCUUGAGUUAAAGUUCCUAUUAAGUUAAAUCUCAUGAAGAAAGAUUUACAUGUUAUUCCAUGGAUACAAUGGCUUCUCAUUGGCAUAUCCAGAAGAUGAACCAUUUGAUCACCUUAGUAUUCACUGGGUGAUUUAAGAACCAGUAUAAAGCAAAUAAUGUUGAAGUGGGGAAUAAUAAAAAAUACAUACUUUACAUAGUUGUUUUAUAAAUCUCAUUAACCUUUUAAUUGCAAUAAAUGAUUUGUUAAACAAAUGUAUAAUUUUCAUAAGCAAGCUUUACAUGUAUAUUUAGUGAAUCAUUCAGUAGUUCAAUCCGUCUAUGAAGAACAACAGCCUGCUGAAAAUAAGAGUGGAUCUUUAUGUUGAAAUUGUAGCAACACUUACAUUCCUAGUCAAACCCAUUAAAAUGAUGAUGAUGAUGGUGAUGGAAAUAGUGUCUGACCUUGAACUAUGUGCUUUUUAGUAAUGUGCUUAGUUCUUAAUUUACAUCCCAGUGAUUUCAAAACAACGUUGUUGCUGUUAUAUGUAUUUGCAUUGUUCUUUUAACAUGAUAUUUGACUUGCACAGAACUUAGGAGUUAAACUCUUUAAUAAAAAUAAAAUUAAAAUAACAUUAAAUUUAA